CCCAGUAAUAUUUAUUCAGCUGAAUGGGAUCCCUCUGCUGCACAGACUACGAGAAGGAACACGAAGUGAAGACCGACCAAAGAAAACCAAAAUCUAAGAAAGGAAUGAGCAUGCGAACAGUUAGAGUUUCUGAAAAUAACAGAGGCGAGAAGAUAAAAUAUAAUCGCGACGAGUCAGACCAAGAGAGCAGCUCGGAAGAAAUUUCCAAUGUCUUCACUCACAAAUCAGACAAUUCCUCCUCAGUGGAGGAGUUAGACUUCGAUGAGUCGGAUGAGGAGUUUGAUGCUGGAGAAAUCUCAAUAGAAUUCCUUAAAGGAGAAGGAGAGCAUUCAGAGGAAAUUAUUAAAGAAAUCAAGCAGAAAAUGAUAGAAUUUAAGAAAUUUCCUCGGAAAAAAUACCCCAAAGAAAAUGCUGUAUUCAAAGGCGAGCUUAAAGGCAUCUCUCGUGAGGGUAAAGGAGUCCAGGUCUGGGACACCGGCACGGUAUACAUUGGAGAAUGGCACAAAGAUAAAAUUAAUGGAGAAGGUACUAUCUAUCACUGCAAUGGGGAUAUCUACACAGGCCAGUUUUCUAAUUCUCUUGCUGAAGGGGAAGGAAAGUUCAAGACUAAAGGAAACGAAGAAAUUGACGGUCAUGUUUAUGAAGGACAAUGGAGGCGUGAUAAAAAGCAUGGAAAAGGAGUCGAGAAAAUGGACAACGGCUGCAUCUACAAAGGUGAUUACAAGGAUGGAUUCAGGCAUGGCCAGGGUACUUAUACCUAUGAUGACGGCUCAAUAUACACAGGAGGCUGGGCCAGAAACUGAAUGCAAGGCAAAGGGACAUACGAAUUCCCCUCAGGCAAGAUCUACAAAGGGCAGUUUUACCAAAAUCAAAUGCAAGGGAAAGGGAAACUUAUCCUUCCAAAUGGAGAAUCUUAUGAAGGUGAAUUUAAAAAUAACGUCAAAGACGGCAAGGGAAAAUACAUCUUCCAAGAUGGAACCAUUUAUGAAGGUGAAUUCAUGAACAAUAAGCAGCAUGGAAGAGGAACCCUAACCACAAAAUCUGGUAAAAAGAAGAAAGGAGAGUGGCAAAAUGGCAAAAAAUUAGUGAGCCAAGCCUAAAGCAGUUUUAAUUUUAACCUUCUGGAAUUUAAAUA